UAUUUAGUGAGCAAUUAAAGUACUGAGUAAUUAGUUAACAAUUAGUGAAUAAUGGCAAGUAAUAACUCUAGAAAUAAUAAGACUUUCUUUAAGAACUUUACUCCAUUAUCAGUUAAGGAUGCUCCCUUGCCUGGACAUUCAUUAUCAUCAUCAGAGAUUAUUAUAAUCUCUAUAAAUGCUACUGGUACGAAAUUAGUUACUUCAAGAACUGAUAAAACUAUAAGAAUAUGGAGAUGUUAUCCGGAUAAGAUUGAUGAUGCACUUGUGAUAGAAGAUGCCCAUGCUAAGGCAGUAGAAAGUAUAAGUUGGGAACCUAAUACUGAGCAUUCAUUUGCUUCAGUUGGUAGAGAUGAAUAUGUAAAAAUAUGGAAUGCACAUACAGCACAAUUAGAGAGACAAUUCCGAGUAUUUAAGGGAGAUUCUAAUGAACCAACAUCUUUAAAGACUGUACGAUAUUCUAGUGAUGGAUUAAUAUUAAUUACUGUUGAUCGAGAGUCUAUAGUAUCAUUCUUUUCAGUAGAACAUAAUUAUAAGAAAAUUUAUGAAUUAACAAGUAUAACUGAACCUAUUUAUGAUGUUCAAUGGUUUCAUUAUAAUCAUUCAUUUUUCAUACUUGCAUUACAUAAUGGUAAUAUACCAAUUUAUAAAUUAACUACUAAUGAAAAAGAUGGAAUAACUGCUCAAGUUGAAUUUAAAACAGAAUUUACUGGUCAUAGAUCAUCAGCUACUGGGAUAGUUAUUGAUCCAAGAGGUACAUAUUUUGCAGUUGGAUCAGGUGAAGGAGUUGUUAGUAUAUGGGAUACUCAAACUAUGUUACAUACUAAAGUUAUUAGUGAUAUUGAUGAAUCUAUUGCAUGUUUAGAUGCUAGUAGAGAUGGAACUUAUAUAGCUAUAAGUUAUGAUAAAAGUCAAAAUAUUGCAAUUUAUGAUACUGUAUCAGGAGAUAGAGUAUUUGAAGUACCUAAUAGUGAAUCAGGACAAAUGACAUUUUCAGCCAUUGAAUGGUUCCCAAAUAAGACAUCAUUUGCUUAUUCUAGUGAUCAAGGUACAGUACUUACUGUUAUGAAAAAACCGGAAAAAGUAGAUAGAAAUGGUAGAAAUGGGCGUAGAAAUACUGCACGAUAAUAAUAAUAGUAAAUCAUAGUAAGUUAGUAAUAGUUAUCUAAUAUAUAGACAUAAACAAUUGUAUAUGUUGUAUAUAAUAAGACGCGUAGAUCCACCUCGAUUGUGUUCCCAAUUGGGUAAUGAGAACUUCCUAUUCGA